AUGAAAAGCAUUUUCGCUACAUGUUUCUUAAUUCUAAUAAUGCAAUUCAUUGACGGAGCUGCGGAAAAUGAGAAUCCUCCUGAAAUCGAAAAACCGCAGCAACCACAAUUACCGAAACUUUCAGUAGACCAACUACAUAAAGCAGCAAACAGUAUUGUGGAUACGGUGUUUAACUUCAUACCUAGAGAAGCUAAUGAUUGA